ACUUGCUUUCUGUCACGUCACGAACGUAAUCGGAGGAAAUCAUGUGUUGUUAAGUGGUUUAGCAGAGUAGUGUCAUUAGUGCUACGCAAUAUCGUGUAACGUCUUAGGUUUACAAUAAUUUGAAGUACCAUUCUUUAUUUUGUAACUUAGAUAAAAGUGUUUACGGUUUAUUUUAAUUGUUUGCGUAAAACAGUAUAACCUCCAAAAUGUCAGACAGUACGCAGGAUAUCCUGAAGGAUACGACCACGGCCGCCGCGGCCGCCGCUAGUGCUGGUGCCUCGCUAUUUAGCACUUUCGAUAUAAUCAUGCUCGUCGUGUUACUAGGAGCAGCUGUUUGGUGGUUGUACAGUUCAAGAAAAGAAAACAAAAAAGAUGAAAUAGUUCUUAGUAAAUAUUCAAUCCAGACGGCCGGGUCUAUCCAAGUUACGGAAAAUUCUUUUAUUAAAAAAUUACAGUCGUCUGGAAGAAAAUUAGUCGUAUUUUAUGGUUCACAAACAGGAACCGGUGAAGAAUUCGCUGGCCGUCUUGCCAAAGAAGGCGCACGAUAUAAAAUGAAAGGAAUGGUGGCUGACCCGGAGGAAUGUGAUAUGGAGGAACUCACGAAAUUGCCAGAUAUAGAAAACUCGUUAGCUGUGUUCUGUAUGGCGACGUACGGCGAGGGCGACCCUACAGACAAUGCGAUGGAAUUUUAUGAAUGGUUGAAAAACGGAGAUCCAGAUCUAAGUGGCUUAAAUUUCGCGGUGUUUGGUUUGGGCAAUAAAACAUAUGAACAUUACAAUGCAGUAGCAAUCUAUUUGGAUAAACGUCUUGAAGAGCUUGGUGCAUGUAGAGUAUAUGAACUUGGAUUAGGAGAUGAUGAUGCAAAUAUUGAAGAUGAUUUCAUUACAUGGAAGGACAAGUUUUGGCCAGCAGUUUGUGAGAAGUUUCAUAUUGAAAGCACCGGCGAGGAGGAGCUCACACGUCAGUUUCGUCUUGUUACCCAUGGACCUGAUGAGAUACCAACAAAUAACAUUUACACUGGUGAAAUUGCUAGAUUACACUCAUUACAAGUUCAAAGACCACCAUACGAUGCAAAGAAUCCCUUCCUUGCACAAAUUAAGGUUAAUAAAGAAUUACAUAAAGGCGGUGACAGGUCAUGUUUACAUGUGGAAUUUGAUAUUUCCGAUUCGAAAAUGAGAUACGAAGCAGGUGAUCAUGUGGCCGUUUAUCCUAUUAAUGACUCUUCACUAGUUGAGCGUCUUGGAGAACUUACGAAUUCUGAUCUGAACGAGAUAUUCUCACUUAUUAAUACUGAUCAGGACAGUAGUAAAAAACAUCCAUUCCCAUGCCCUACGUCUUAUCGUACAGCCCUUUCUCAUUACUUAGAGAUCACAGCAUUGCCACGUACUCACAUCAUGAGGGAACUUGCGGAAUAUUGUUCAGCUGAAGAAGAUAAGAAAAAAUUACUGCUUAUGGCUACACAUUCACAAGAAGGAAAGGCUUUAUAUCAAUCAUUUGUAGUGGACGGUUGUAGAAAUAUUGUACAUAUUUUAGAAGACAUUAAAUCGUGUAAACCUCCUCUAGAUCAUAUUUGUGAGCUGUUACCACGUCUCCAACCAAGAUUCUAUUCCAUAUCAUCGAGUCCAAAGUUGCAUCCUGAAACUGUUCACGUUACUGCAGUGGUGGUGCAAUAUAAGACGCCGACAGGGCGUGUCAACAAAGGUGUCGCGACCACGUGGCUAGCCAAGCAUAGACCGGAGGACGGUAAACCGUUGCCACGAGUGCCAAUUUAUAUAAGAAAAUCUCAAUUUAGGUUGCCACUGCAGCCUCAAACGCCGAUUAUAAUGGUCGGUCCAGGCACAGGAUUCGCUCCAUUCAGAGGCUUCCUGCAAGAACGAGCCCUUGCACGUGCAAAUGGCAAGGAAGUUGGUGAAAAUAUCCUUUACUUUGGCUGCAGGCAUCGGGACCAAGACUACAUUUACCAGGAGGAACUUGAGCAGUAUGAAAAGAAUGGAGAUGUUAAACUCAACCUAGCAUUUUCGCGAGAUCAGCCACAAAAAGUGUAUGUAACUCACUUGUUGGAAAAGAACAUAGAUGAGAUUUGGGAUAUAAUUGGCAAACGUAAUGGCCAUUUCUAUGUUUGUGGCGAUGCGAAAAAUAUGGCUGUAGAUGUACGAAAUAUUCUUUUAAAAGCAGUUCAAGAGAAAGGUGGUCGCACAGAAGUCGAAGCAGCUCAGUUCCUGAAAAAACUGGAUUCGAUGAAGAAAUAUUCAUCAGAUGUAUGGAGUUAAUUUGUUUUAUUGUAGUAAAUUUUUUAUACCAAUAGGCAAUAGUUCAAUUUAAUCUUAUAAAAAUAUAACUGCUUAAAAAAGUACCCUAAUAACAAAAAUACUGAAAGUAUUGUUUUUGUCAUGCCGUACUGCAUUUUGAUUAACUUCGGUAAUAUGUAUUAUUAUCAUCUCAUAUUUCCUCCCUCUUAGCUUUUUUCGUUCACUGCAGGACAUUUUUUUUUUUUCAAUGCACCCUCACUUUUUGGUCUCGGCCUACACCUGUCCAACAUUUUUUUACGACACGAACAAUAUCGUCAUUCUAUAAGGCCAGUGUUUUUCUAAAUCUUUUACUCAUAUAUAAACUCUAUUCCAAAAUCUUAUUGAUUUAUUUUCCAAGCAGCUUAUAUUUGAUCGACAGUAUCGCUACUCUCAGGUAGAGAUGGACAACUUGAGGUGGCAAUGCGGUGGAUUAUGUCUAGUCUUGUUUCUCAACCUAAUUAAUUACUUUGCGACCAUUCGUAAUCAUGAACUCGUACCUUGGGCAUAAAUUUCUUCAAACAUUUGGGUUACAUAGUUAGAUUUAGCCGUAUUUACAGUGUAUCCUCUAACGACUAGAGGAUUCACUGAAGAUAAUGUUAUUAGUAAACUUGAGAUGAUUCAGUUUUUUUAUUUACAUAAUACCCUUAUCAUUUUAAUAGCAUUUACUGCUGUAGUGAGUAAAAAUCUUGAUUAGUUCGUGUCGUCUUAUCAUCAUUUUAACAAAUUUUUAAUACACUGAUUUAGUUAACUGAAGAAAUCUCAUCUGUAACGAAGCACUGUCGUAGAUUUCUCUAACAGAUUCUAUAUAUUCGUCAUCUAUACAAGAGCUCUCUUCAACGAAUUUAUCAAACUCCCAAUUUUCCACUGAAUCAAAUGUUACGAAAAAGGUUACUUAUUGUUCUUAAGAAACCAUCUUGUAAAGAUGAAAUGUUUUUACUGUCUUCGAACUGUCACACUGGCUGAAUUGCAUUAGAUCCUAUGCCCAGAGGGAAGACUUUGGUAAAAAGCUUGUAGGUAUGCCACAGGAUGACGAUGGGCUUGUAGUUCAAGUUUGGACUUCUUUCAUUUAUUUUUUAAAAAAACAUAUUUCAAUUCAUCUGGUGGUGGUACCUUUUUGUAGCAAAUAGUGAUUAUAAUUGCUCGAGCUUAAUGGAAUCUCCAUAUAGUAGAAGUUCGGUACAACUUUAUCAAGUCCAGUGGAUUUAUUAAAAGUUUAGAUCAUGUGACUACAAACUAGCAUGUUAUGUGUACGAUUUUUAGUGCCAAUUUUCAAGAUAGCUUCACUUAAUCUCUUAAAACUGUCAGGUUUUUAGUGCUCACAAAAAGCUUUCAAAUGGAUAAAGGCUGAUAUCUAGUAUAUCUUCUGUUUUAUGAUUCAUAAGUAUGUCUGUAAAUUUUUUAUAUUUUAUGAUGGCUUUAGAUCCUGAGUAACUAUUUUUAUCUGUAAGUUUAUAUACUUAAAUCAUGGUGUUUUGAAGUAUACUACAAAGAAUUUAUGGGAUUAAAUUUGACAUUUGUUUUAUAAUUAAACAUAAAAAAUAAUCUAUUGUGCACUCUAAAAGAUCGCAAAUAAUUCAAUAGCCUGCAGGGCAUCGCAGAACACAAAACCUCGUUCAGUAAAUUGUUUUGUUGGUACCAAAAACUUUUAAAUGGAGUAGACAAUUUAUAGACUGAUUUUGUUUCCGGUACUGAAUGACGUUAUUUAUUGUUUGUGGUCCAUUUUUAACACCAUACCUACGUUUCUGGGAAUGAUUUUAUGAAGCAAUAAAUAAUGUUAUAAUAAUAUUUAAUUGUAAAAGACAAGUAAUAUAUUUUAUAAUUUUUUUGUGUGAAUGGGGUAUUUAGGAAAAAAUAUAUUAAAUAAUUAUCCCUUUACUUAUAAAAAAACGUCAAACCGUUCAUAAAUCUAUUUUAACCAUUGAAUUGUUUUGUCUCUUUAUGUUAAAUUUUUAAUUUGAAAGAAAUUGAUAAAAUAAUGUAAUGUAAGUAAAAUAGGUUUGUAAAAAGUUGUAAUUUUAUGAAUAAAGGGGCAGAGAUCUAACAUGAUACAGAAAUACGCGCAUAAGUGGCCAUAAUUAUUAAAAAAAUAAGCUUCUGGGUCACAUGUCAAAAAUAAUAAAUAAGCUAUUAUUUUAGGUGUUUUUUUUUUUUUUAUAAUUACUUUUUAUGUUAUCGGUAAAUAAUAUCUACUGAAAAUUUAUGUCAAUCCUUAUAUAAAAUAAAUUUGUAAUUUACCAGAACUUGUUUAGUUUCAAUAUAUAAUCUUUAACACCUACUUUGGGCAGCACUUUUUUCCGUAUGCGGGUAUUUCUUUUCUUUAUUAACAUUGCUAAGUUGUUAUGUUUAUUUGUUAUGAAUUAAAUUAUAAUAAAAUUAAUAAAUUGAUUUAUAUUUUAUAUGUAACAGAGUUUCUAAAACAGAUUACAUUAUUCUAUAUAUAUAUUGAAUGGGGCUGGGUGAGCAGUGCACAUCCAAGGAUCCGAGCGAAAUUUCGCAAAGACAUUGAGAGUACAUAUAAGCCUUUUUUUAAGGGGCCAGGCCCCCAUAAAAUAUAUUCUUAAAUACGCCAAUGUAUUUAAUAGUCAUAGUAUCUAUUCCAACAUGGAAAAUUAAUGCAUUUUCACAAAAUAAUAAACAAAAUUAUGUAACUAGAAUUAUAAUUUGUUAAAAAAUAUAAAUAUUUUUAUAUGUAUUUAAAAGUUAUAAAAUGUUAAAUUUUAAUAAAUAAAAUAUUAUUGAUGUAAAAUAGUUUUUUAUGAAUUUAAAUGGACGAAUUGUAGUUGUGAUUUGUUGGUAAAUUUAUGUUAAGUGGACUGGGCAUUAGAUUAUAAGAAAUAUACAUUUUGUAUGUAGUACAUAAUAAUAAUGGAUUUAUAUCA